AUGGCCGCUGUGGAGGUGCUUCUCUCCGUCUUGAUGCUAGUCAUUAUCGCAGUGUCGUUGCUGUCCAACGCCGUGGUGCUGAUCUGCUUUCUGUACAACCCACAGAUCAGGAAGCGAGUGCCCUGUGUGUUCACCCUCAACCUCACUUUUUGUAACUUGUUGCUGACCGUUGCCAACAUGCCUCUAACUCUGGCGGGUCUCGUCAACAAGGGUCAACCCGGAAGUGAUGCGCUCUGUCAGUUCGUCGGCUUCUCGGAGACGUUUUUAACGACUAAUUCGAUGUUGAGCGUGGCCGCUCUGAGCAUCGACAGGUGGAUCGCUGUCGUGUUCCCGUUGAGGUACCACUCUAGGAUACGACAUAGAGAUGCCGCUCUCGUGCUCGGAUACACGUGGAUACAUUCUAUGUCUUUUUCGACGGCGGCUGCUUGCCUCUCGUGGGUGGGAUACUGUCCGCUUUACGCGUCGUGCACGCUCUCCGACGUGACGGACAACAGUCAGACUCCGUUUGUUGUCUUUACUGUGGCGUUUCACUCCCUCACCUUUCUCCUGUCCUUUCUAGUCCUGUGCGUCACUUACCUGAAAGUGCUGAAGGUGGCAAGGUUCCACUGUAAACGGAUAGACGUUAUCACAAUGCAAACGUUAGUGCUGCUUGUGGAUAUUCACCCAAGUGUUCGAGAGCGUUGUCUGGAGGAGCAGAAGAGGAGGAGACAGAGAGCAACCAGGAAAAUCAGUACCUUCAUCGGCACGUUCAUGGUCUGCUUUGCUCCCUAUGUCAUCACCAGGAUUGUGGAGUUAUUUCCGUCCGUGCCUAUCGACCACCGCUGGGGAGCGGUCUCCAAGUGCCUGGCCUACAGCAAGGCGGCCUGCGACCCCUUCGUCUACUCCCUGCUCCGUAACCAGUACAAGAAGACGUGUGGUGACAUCAUCAACAGGCUGCUGCGGCCCAGCUCUAUGAAUGCAUCUGGACCAGGUCACCAUAACAACCAUGAGACUAGAGGGAGGAACAACACAGUCCAGACUGCAGCAGACUGA